GUUCGCCCCUCGCGAAUUCUUCGGAAAUCUUCCAUUUCUCAUGGCCACGAAGGGCGCGAAGGCCGCCGUUCAGGAGGUGGAGGCUGCCAGCUCAGCCGGCACUGAUGAGCUGAUAUCGGUAAAACUGCAUCACACACAGCGCCAGGCACUAUGCCUGAAUGGGGUGAGGGGGCUGUUCAGAUUGAGCGGGAGAUGGAGAGGAUGAAGCAGGCUGAGCAGCUUCAGCUGCUGUGAGCAUAACACACGAUUCCCCCGCAGCCACCGCCCAUGGGUGUGGUGUGUUCGGUCAGUGAGGACAAGCACACGAAGGCGCUGAAGGAGAAGGAUGCCCUGGCCAAGCAGGUUGAGGAGCUGCAGGCAGAGGAGGCCGACACCAUGAAGACACUGAGGGAAAACCUCGCAGAGGCAUGGGAGCGGGUGCGGCAGCUCCAGGUCAACAACCAACAGCUGCAGACCCAGAUGGGGCAGAAGGAGAAGAAACUGGGUCAGACACGUGCACACGCGCACAUACAAAAGGUGUACAGUAUACAGGUCCUCUGUGUGUGUGCAGAGGAGAAGAUCGAGGCCAACGAGCAGCAAUUCAAGAAGAAGUGAACACACCCCAAAUCCAGUCCCCUCACGGAUACCAUGCUGGCGCUGUGUCCUGGCUUUGUCGCACACAGGUGGGAUGACCUGCUAGUCAAGUGCAACACGUUGCAGCGGCAGCACGAGGAGAUCGAGCAGUUCAUCAAGGAGAAGGCCGACUACGAAGAGAGACUUACCACCCUCCAGCAGCAGCUAAACGACGCUGAGAAUCGACACACAGAGAAGAUUAGGUAAGUGCUGCUCUGGAAGGAGAAUGAAAACGGCGAUUGGUUGUUGCGCGUCAGUGAGAUGGAGCGGCGUCGAGCGAUGGAUUUCGAGCACCACCGGCAGGGCCUGGUGGCCAAGAUCCGGCAGAAGGAGGAGCAAUUCCGCGUCAAGGCCAAGCAACAGCUCUCAGAAGUGAGCUUGUGGGAAACAAGGGGGUCAAGAGAAAUACAGAUGGAUGUCUCUCUCUCUCUCUCUCUUUCGAUCGAUCAAUCGACAGACAACACGGCGCACACUGCUGGAGAACGACCAUGUGGUGACACAGCUCAACUACCAAUCCGUGUGAGUGACGAGCCAAUGAUACAAGCAGACGGCAACUUGACGUUUUCUAUCGUGCAGAGAGGUCGAGCGCCUCGUGUCUCAGAACAAGAGAUUGAAUGAAGAGAACGGGGUGAGGGGGGGGAGCAACCAACCGACAUCCCAAUUGCCACGUCUUCUGUCUGUCUGUCUGUCUGUCGUUCCGUCUUUUCGUGUCGCACCAGGAGCUGCGCAGAGAGCUUCGCAUCCUAAAGCAUCUGGAAGAAGACAUGGUCAGACCGUGAGGCAAAUGUCCGUUCACGCCGCACCCAUCUGCAUCUCGCCUCUCCCUGCCUCCAUCCCUCCGUGUCAGGCCCUCCGCACGUGUGUCUAUCAGCGGCUGGUGACCAAGUUGCAGAGCAGGCACCCUUACACAGAGGUAGUGGCGCCGGAGCAGCAGGACUCCUUCUCGACAGCACCGAGCGCCGAGCCAAUGCUGGUGUCCGAGCCUCCGACAGAGAGCAGGGAGACUGAAGAGGAGAGUGGUGACGUCGUCAGGUGUGAGACACGGAGAGAGACGGUGGCGCUUGCACCGAGGCAGCUUACGCGUGUAUGUGCCCACCCAUCCGUAGACAAUUGCGAGAAGAGAACCAACGUCUGAAGGAAGAGGCGGAGGAGCGAGACAAGGUGAGAUCAAUCCCCCUCAGCACAUAGCCCUCAUGCGAGUCUUCCUACAGAUCCUUCUUGCCCUGAGAGAGGAGUAUCAGGACUUCCGAGCCGACCACUCGACCUUGCUCAGGAUCCAGGACAAAGCUCUGUGUGAGAUCGUCAGUGCCCUACAGGAAUACCAUGUGCGAAAGGAGACCAAGCCCCAAAAGAGUAAGGAAAGAGCGGCCGCUGAUGGACAGGCAGCGACCUUCCAGCAGCUGGAUUCGGACACGGCCAUCGAGUUCCUCAACUUCCUUUACGGUAAUGACAGGGAACAGUAUUCAUCUGUCCUCCAUUUGGCUGCUUUGUCUGUCCUCAGAGAACCUGUCCCGGACCUUUGGCAACCACAAGAGAUGCACGUCUGUCACGAGGCAGCCGCCAACCGAAACCUCGGAGACACGGAGACAAACCCACCGAGUCCGGCCUGGUGCGGGGGUGACGCCUUCAACGACACGCGACCAGCUCCAGUCUUUGUUUGGCGGUGCUCCUAGUGUGGUGUCGAAGCCGACUUUGCACGAGGGAGGUGCGUCGUGCAGUGAGGGGACGCAGACGGUCGAUGGGGACGGCAGUCUGCUCAUGGGCGGGAAGACCAUUGCACUGCCUUUUGAUGAUAAGAUCGAAUUGCUGGGGGUGACAGACCAGGUGAGUUGGCAGGGUGAAGUCAGCCAGUUAGUGCUGACUUUUGAUGUGAUGUGUGUGUGUGUGUGUGUGCAGGGGAAUGUCAAGGGAGGUUGGGAGCAGAGGCUGAGAAGAGACCAGUUUGGCAAGAGGAGAUUUGGAUAGCGGCCGGCCGGAAUAUUCAUUGCCCGGGUGGAUGGAUGGAUG